AUGAAUUGCACUCAUCAUAUUCGAAAUCAAGUAUAAAUGAUCUGUCUAUCCUAUCACAAGUGUUAGAGCUAAAGGAAAUUGUGUGCUGAAUGUAUUGAGGAACAUGGAGUGGAUUUAAAAUGCAUGGUUUCAAAAAUAAAAUUUUAAGAUAUGAUGAGAAAGAAAUUCGAAGACUCUAAGUUUAAUGAUUCAUCUGAAUUAGCAAAAUAGAGGUUGAAUUUUAAAACAUUGCUUACAUCAACUUAAAAUAAGUUUAAAGAAAUUUGGGAUGGAAUUGAAGAAUCAAUAAAUCAGAUAUAUGAUUUCCUAGAGAAGGAAGAUAAAUUCUAUAUGAAUUUGAUUAAAAACAAUGAUAAUCCUCUAGAAUUGUCAAAUACUGAUUUAGAAAAAUUGGUGUCAAUUAUUAUUGGAAAAACAUUAGAUGAUAGGAAGGAUUAGAAAAAAUCUUAUUUGAAGCAGUUGGAAAUGACAAAGAAUUAUUGGAAAGAAACUCAGACCUUUUGUGAAAAGUUCAAAACAGAAUUGAAAGAGAUUAUGUAAUUCAUAAAAAAGAAGGUAAAUUAUUCAUGGGAAAACAUAAAAGAAAUAAAAUAAGUUUAUAACAGUAAGGACGAUUUGGAUUAGGUAUUGACUUAGACAAAGCAUUUUGAUAGAGCCUACCUGAAUGAGGUAAUUGAGAUGUUAAGAAAUGAGAAAAUAACGAAUUGUUUAGAAUUCUUCAAAGAUAAAACUCAAUUGAAAUUUAUCGCUUCUAUGAUUUAAAAUGUUAGUGAAAUAGACUUUAAUAAGAAGAAUUAUUCAACUGAGAACCAUGAUUAAAUUAGAAAGGGUUUAAUAAAAUAAAUAUCUUAUGAUUAGCACGUAAUUGAAUUUUUGUAAUUUCUGGUAUAAUUAACAGCUAUUGAUGAGAGAUUAAUCUAAAGCGGAUCGAAUGCACUCAAUUUAUUAGUAGAAAUGAAAGUGGAUUUGAGAGAAUAAAGC